UCAAAAAUUACAUUUCCGUCAUAUGCUCCACAAGAGAUCGUCGUAAUCUGCAAUGGUACGGGAGCUUGCAGAACCGAUGUUCAACCACAAAACAAUAUAACAUCGGAUUUUCCAGAAAACAUUGAAGGACAACAAUAUAAUAAUGGUAAAGAGAUUAGUAUAAUCUCGAGUUCUCCAGUUCUCUACAUACAACGACUGAAGAGGUGGUUUCAAGGUCAUACGAAGAGCGCUAACAGGACGAAACGAACUGGACGCAGCGCACCAAUAAGAAGCAGAGGGAAUACUCGGUUCAACAGUUCCAGACUGGAUAAGGAUAUUACAACUGUGAAUAAUAGUAAUGUUGAAAAUUCAGGAGAUAUGAGGGAAGCUAUAAACUCGUUAAGCAAUAUUAAAAAUACAAGUGUGUUUGACACAUUGAGGUUUAAUGUUGAAUAUCCUAUUUUUUAUCCUAAACAGAAACAACAAACAAGACGACUAAAUUAUACUUUUACCCCUCAAUCUGCUCCAUUUCUAGAACGAAAUUCAGAUAAGGUACACAAUUUUGGAGCAAUCAGUACUAAAAACAAUAAAACAUCUUCCGAUCUGGAAGAACAAAAGAAUUUCCCAAAAAUUUCAAGGUCAGAUCGUGGAUACUUUGAUGACUUUAAUGUAGAUUAUGUUAAGACCAACAAAGAAUAUAAAAAAGGAAGUAAUCAUUUUUCCAUUUUCCACAACCCUGGGUUCGAAAAUUCUGAGAACGAUGACGGAAACACUUAUAGUGAUGAAAUAUUGCUCGGUGGAACCAAUGAGAAUCAUGACGGUACAACAGCUUUUCCAAUAGUAGACUUUGACCACAAUUAUAGUGAUGAGUAUGAUUACUUAAAACAAGAGGGACAAAUCAGUGGAGAAUCAGAUGAAAAACAAAGUGAUGUAACUUUAGAGAAUAGCCAAAAUUAUAGCUCAGAAGAUGAAAAACAAGAUGAUGUAAACGAAGAAGGAAAUACUGAAAGCGUAGAAGAAAAUGAAGAAGAAGAAAACGAGGAAGAAGAAAAAGAAGAACAUGGAGAAACAGAGGAAGAGGAAGAAGAAAAAGAGGAGGACGAAGAUGAUGACCACAAUAACGGAGAAUCUCCAUCUGCUGUUAGUUAUGAGGAAGAUAAAGGGUCCGUUCAGCCAAGUUUUCAAUUUGUUGCUAACCCUGAAGACAUCCAGGAUAGAUACAUAUCUAAGGAUCCUUUGGCAGGACCUGGAGCGACUAAAGGGUUUAAUCACGAUUUUACAGCAAUAAGAGGUGUUCCAGUACUUGGAAAUGUAGUGGUUCAGCCAACGAGGUAUCCGACUGUUCCAAGUUUCAACACAAAUCAAAUACAUAAUAUUAUAAAAACUGGAAUACUCCCAGGAUCCGUUGGUAUUAAUGGAACAUUGACUGGGUCAGGACAAGUAGCUCCUGCAAAUCCUUUACCAGGGCAGUAUCUGAUAGAACCUCGCUAUCCUUCUUCUUAUGGACCAGGAACAUUUUCGAGAAGGCCAGUGAGUAUAAGAACUAAAACGAACUACUACCUAGGUAGAGGAAGAAGACCAAGCUAUAGCCUUGGCCCUAAAACUCAAAACACAGUCUCAUUUAACAGAUACCCAAGAAUUAGAAAGCCAAUUAGAGGUGGGACUCCUCUUUCCUAUCAUCCCUCUGGACGAAGUAUCGUAAGGAUCUUCAAACAUACUGUGACUGGGCGACUUCCAACUUUCAGAGUAAAUUUACUAGAGGAAAGAACUUCAAAUGAAGGGCCUCGAUCUCCAGAUAUCGGUUAUGAAAAUCUUUAUAGAGAAAAAGAAAUUGAACAUGACAAUUUGACGUCGAGCAGACCAGAGAAAGAUUUAUUGCAAAGGAUCGACAAAUAUGACUACUCGAGUCUUCAUGAUAGAGCGGAAGAUACAGUUAAGUCAAAUGACAAUUCGGGAAGAAAUAUAUUAGAGGAAAAGGAAUAUAAUAUUGACAAUAAUACUGAUACAAUAUCAUUACUAAGAAAUGAUCGUUUCUAUAACUCUUCAGAAAAACUUGACUUAAAGAGACCUCUGAAGAUGCAAAACAAUAGUAGAAUGAAUAAUACAGUAAAGCUUGCUUUACAUUCAGCAAAUAAUACUCAUGAAACGAUAUCGUCCACAGUUGGUAAAAACAAUCAGAAUUCGAAUUCAAGACACGAUAAAAUUGUUUCAGAGUCUAAAGUUAACAAUCUGAAAGGCAUAUCAGAACAAGAGCUGAAAGAAGAAAACAACAAAAACGAAGAACCCCGCGAUGAAAGAGAGAGGGUAGUUAGUGACGAAUAUGAAGAGGAACCUAAUGAAAACAGUGAAGAAUUUGGUAAGAGAUAUCCAGUUAAAGACAUGUCAGACGAAGAAAGAAAACUACCCUUAUCAAAAAUGCAAAAUAAAGGUGGUGUAACCGCGGAAACAAAGCGGCUGGGAGCUCGGGAUGGCGAGUUGGGCGAGUCGGGGUUGUGUAACUCUCGCUAAUUGGCCCGGAGGGUGGGAUGCUGCAGGGCUGCUGAGGGCGGCUGGCAGGGUUAUAAAGUGUGGCGUGCCACCAGUGAAGCGCACUCAAGCGGUGUGCGUGUACGCAUGGUAACAUCUGAGGAUGGAACUCAGACUGGCCGUGUACACCAUUCUCGCGUGUCUGGUCACAGAGGUCACGCUCACCAGUAUCUCUG